CCCUCUUUCCCGUAGAGGUCCUACGAAGGGGGCGGGGCAUAACAAAAAAGUAAUGGCCAUCUAUUUGGGUCCUGAAGAAGGAGGGAUAUUUCUCGUCGUACUAUCGUAGGUGUGAUUUAGCUUACUCCAUGUUUGCGCGUGCGUUUACCCGUCAGUAAUACUCCUUUCGGUGUAGAUUCUGCCCAUGUUGGAUGUUCGCUGCCGGUGGUCGCUGCGAGCUCAGUUAAGCGGGUAAACUUGGUGCCUCGUUUUAGGGUUAAACCAACCAGCUAGCCACGCUAACGGUUGUUAGCUACUACCAACGCCGCUGCUGUGUGUGUGAGCCAACGUCUGGAAGGGCGUACGAGUUUGACGUUUUCCCUCAAGUCUUGCUCACAUUUCUGAGUUUAUUUCACCGCGGUUCUCUACCCUUAAAGACACCUUCACUCAACAUGGGGAGGACAGGUUCCGCAAGAACAUGAAGACAACGCCGACAACGACUAAAGAGGAUUAAAAGCAACUCGGUCUUAAUGGGGAAAAGUUGAGCUAAGGAUUAACAACUUGGGAUAAACUGAAGAAAGGUUUCAAGUCUUACCUAUUGUACAAGAGCAUGCUAAAAUCUCAGUGAUGGAGCCCACGGUUGUGAGUACAUCCACUCUGGCCCCUGAUGAGUUUGACCGGAAUGUGCCGCGUAUCUGUGGCGUGUGUGGUGACAAAGCCACUGGCUUCCACUUCAAUGCCAUGACCUGUGAGGGCUGCAAGGGCUUUUUCAGACGCAGCAUGAAACGCAAGGCCACCUUCACGUGUCCUUUUAAUGGCAGUUGCACCAUCACCAAGGACAACAGGCGCCAUUGCCAGGCAUGCCGACUCAAACGCUGUGUGGACAUUGGCAUGAUGAAAGAGUUCAUUUUGACGGAUGAGGAAGUACAGAGGAAGAAGGACCUGAUUCAGCGGAGAAAGGAGGAGGAGGCACAGCGCGAAGCGGAGAGAGAGGCACGGCGGCCCCGGCUAACUGAUGAACAGAGUCAGGUCAUCGCCACGCUGGUAGAGGCACACCAUAAAACAUAUGACGACUCCUACUCUGACUUCUGCCGCUUCAGGCCUCCGGUCCGUGAGGGUCCAGUGACGCGUAGCGCCAGCAGAGCUGCUUCUCUCCACUCUCUGUCUGAUGCCUCCUCUGACUCCUUCAGUCACUCUCCAGAGUCAGUAGAAACCAAAAUGAACUUCAACAACCUGCUGAUGAUGUACCAAGAGCAGGGCAGCAGCCCUGACUCCAGUGAGGAGGAAGGUUCCAGCUUCUCCAUGCUGCCUCACCUGGCUGACCUGGUCUCCUACAGUAUCCAAAAGGUGAUCGGCUUUGCCAAGAUGAUCCCUGGCUUCAGGGAGCUCACUGCAGAGGACCAGAUAGCACUGCUCAAGUCCAGCGCCAUUGAGGUGAUCAUGCUGCGCUCAAAUCAAAGCUUCAACCUAGAAGACAUGUCCUGGAGCUGUGGUGGGCCUGACUUUAAAUACCAGAUCAGUGAUGUCACUAAAGCGGGCCACACUCUGGAGCUGUUGGAGCCACUGGUGAAGUUCCAGGUGGGCUUGAAGAAGCUCAAUCUGCACGAGGAGGAACAUGUGCUGCUAAUGGCCAUCUGUUUGCUUUCUCCAGACCGCCCCGGUGUGCAGGACCAUGCACGAAUUGAAGCCCUCCAAGACCGACUGUCAGAGACCCUACAGGCCUACAUCCAACUUCACCACCCAGGGGGGCGACUUCUUUACGCCAAGAUGAUCCAGAAGCUGGCAGACCUGCGCAGUCUCAACGAGGAGCACUCCAAGCAGUACCGCUCACUCUCCUUCCAGCCGGAGCACAGCAUGCAGCUUACCCCGCUGGUGCUGGAGGUAUUUGGCAGCGAAGUGUCCUAAAGGCCACCUCCAAACCUUAACUGUUGGAGAGGAAGUGGGAAACAGAAGCCCAAUGGGUAAAAAAGGAGGGAAGGAGCUAAGGAAGUGCUGGAUGGACCGAAUGGAGGUGUGGAGAAAGAAGCAAUUCGAAGAGAGAAAGUGGUGUGUGAGCACUUGUGUGUGUGUGUGUGUGUGUGCAUACUGUACGUGUUUGUGUGUAUGUGUUGAGUGUGUGUCAUGUCUAAAAAAGAAGUCUAUGUUGGCGUUUAGGCCAGGGUUGUAUGGAGAGAAAGCAGGUGUUAUAGUAGACAGUAAACAAGGGAACAUCAUAUUAUACCAAGUAAACUUAUACAUACAACUUCUGCCUAUAUUCUAUUUUUUUGUGUCUAUUUAAAUCAACAAACAGCUGCUUAAAAUGCCUGGACAUUUUGUGUGUACGUGUCGUGCACACGCCAACACAACAAGCAUACUCAGUUCUUCAUUUAGCCAUUCAGUUGAGCUACCUCUUGGUUUUACUGGGGUUGUUUUAUAUUUACAUCACCUAUGUGAAACAGUAACUUUUACAGAUCAAUUUAGAUACAGUAAGAUGACAUUUCAGAUCAUCUGUGAAAAAGCAGUGCCUGCACAUUGCAUUGACUUUCUGAUUUUUUUUUGGGGGGGAUUUUUUUUUUUUUUAUUCUCUCAUCUGCUACUCUCCAAGGCAGCGUUUGUAUAUGACUGUGUAAACAAUUCAAACACAUGCCUUUCACCUGUCACCAAAGGUAUGGGUAACUACUUUCUCAAAAGCUUCCAGUACCUAAAAAUAACCAUGCUGCUUCAUGGCUCUCUUCAGAUAUACAGCCACUCGACAGCAAAUUUUUCUGACUCUCCUCAAAAUUUAUGAAGGAAUAAGUCAUUAUUUAGAAUUUAUACUGCAGAGUAUACAACAUAGUUUGUAAUUUAGCAAGUUUUUGAUUGGAUUCUGAGCUGCUUGGUUUUUUGAGGUGAGAAUUAGCCACUAAUUGUGUUAGCUACUUUUUACAUUACUAACUGUCAAUCAAACCAAGUCUGCAUUAUGGAUUGUUAUUCUCCUUUGUAAUAGUUUUUCUCUAUUCCUCUCCUUUUAUUGAAAUAGUUUUUUUCCCCUGUAAAUACUUAAUUGCUACCACAUGUAUGCUAAGCACUGUUAUACCACCUUUUACUCAAGCCUAUGUACUGAUACACAGUAUCUAUAUUAUCAUGGAUUUUUAAGGGCUAAAAUGCCAAAUCUAACUGGAAUAGUAAAUCAAGGCCAAAGCAACGGGCCUGACUUGUUAAUAUAUAGCUGCAUACCAUUACUUGGAAAAGGCAUAGAUACUGAUGCAACUGCAAUGGAUGCUCUUUUUGUUGUUGUUGUUUGAUACAUCACCACACCUUUAAAAACAAUUCCAUGAAUUGUUCCUCCUCUGUAUACAGUGAGCUCAGUGGAUGGAGAGCUUAAGGAGCUGCUUCAGACCUCCACAGAUAUCACACCCCUUUCGUUUCUGACUGGGAGACGUGGAUUUUGUAGAAUGUCCGAGGGCCUGGUUGUGAUUGUGGUGAGCACCACUACACCCAGACCCUCCUGUUUGAUGAUGUAUGCUGCGCAGCCCUCUAGUGGCUGUAUCAUGUAAAUACCAGGUAUAUAGUAUAUAAAUAUAUAUAAUAUGUCCGCCGCUGUAAAUAGGGCUACAUAGAUAUUUCUCAAAGCAAAUUUUUUUUAAAUAUAUAUGCAAAUACAAUAUUGACCCUUUUGAUUCAUUAUCACUAUGUUUUAGGAAACUACGCUCUUAUUUUGACUUAUUUUUGGCAAGGAGUUAGGAGCAGCUUGGUCUCCUAAUGAUUCUUUUUGUGAUGGGCUGAUGUGUUUGACUAAUUUCCAAGGUUCAUUUUUGCAAAUAGGACAAGCUACAAUAUGCUGUGCUGCUCUCUAAUAUAAGCCAUACAAACCACCUGAAACAUUACAGUAUGUCAGACCGAGGAUUCCAGAGCUGUGGAUAUUCUCUUAUUAUUAUAAUCUACUUAACUCAUAUGCUAUUUAUCUACGGCUUUGGAAUCUUCUGUUAAGCUCACGUGAAGUAGAAGCUCGUAUGCCUUCUCUCUGCUGUCAGUCAUCUUUGACUUAAGCUUCAUCGAACAGCAUCUAAUGGCUUAUUUAGCCCCAGGAGUAUAUAAAUGCUUCGUUUAGAGGCCAGUAAUGUACGGUUUGUUGCAUUUGGUAGUAAGUUUAUAAAAUGUCCCACAAAAUAUUAAGCCAAACUCCUGACAGGCGCAGAUGAUUUCACUUUGGCUGGAUCCUUGAGCCUAAGCCAGAAAAUUUCCUUUACAGAAUGAAAUCGUUUGCAAAGAGUGAAGGUCUCAGAAGUCGCUUUUACUUUCUGUCAGCCUUACACGCGUCCUACGUCAGACCGAGAGCUUCCUGUAACAUCUUCUCCACAGACCAGGGCUACUCUGAUCGAAGUGAAACGUGGUGAGAGAGCUUAUUUGUUAAAAUGAGCAUAUUCUCUCAACUGCUUGGAAAGAGCAGUGGCAGUUGUUGCUGUAAUCUGUUCAGCCUUCAUGGUUUUUAUUCUUCCAUUCUACCAUUCUCAGUCACUGUGGCUUUAUUCCAAAUCCUCACUAUCGGUCACUGUGACAUAGUAAACGGUUCUGGAUGUUUCCUACUUAUGUAAUCAUAAUGUGUUUGGUUUAAUUUCUGCAGAUCACUGGGAUUAUAUAGUGUAUGUAUAUGAUUCCACGUACCCCUACAAAUGUCCCUGCUGUGAAUGAACCCAAGGAGUCGAUGGCUGGAGUGUCUUUAGGCAGUACCACUCAUAUGUAUAGUAUGUCAGUUUGAUGAGGGGUAUGAUGUGCUUGGUUACUGAACACUGACUUUUGAAGUUUGAAAAGUCUCCAUGUUGAUUUUUCUGAUUACAUACACUUCUGUAUGUAGACGUGGGUUUUGAUUUUGUUCUAUUUUCUUUGAGAUAGAGAUGCAGUGUUGAUUUGUGUAUGUAUAAUACAGUCGAGGUUUGGCGAACAUGUAAGUGCCACGGGAAGAGUUCCCUCCGCAUAAGAACAGGGUAAAGGGGAGUUGCUCUUGGGGACUUAGAAAACUGAGAAAAACUAUAGAGGAUGUAUCAUAUAGCCACUAAUGGAACAUGUACGUUAAUGUCAGUACUGCAAAGCAAUGGGGGUUUUAGGAUUUACCGUGAGAGUUGAAUCCCUGUGUCCCUUUUUUAGGAUUAAAUGUAGGAAUAAAUACACUUUCCUAGUAUCUGUUCAAUUCCCGCCUCAAUGUACAUGAAAUUCAUAUGGAGUUAAAUGUAAUGUGGUUGCAUCCUCAGUUUUUCUUUAAUUACCAUGGUAGGCUGCUCAGAAUCUGUAUGUUUAAACUCUGCAUUGUGGUUGUUAGAAAUACUGGAACUUGAAUACCUAUACAGCGAUGGAAAUCUACUACAAGUAAGAUGGACCUGUCUGUGUUGAGAUUUCCAUGACCCUUGAGAUUGGCAUCAUAACACAGUAACAAUGCCUGCAAUAUACAACUCAUGGUACACUAUCACCAGCAAGCUUUACUGUUAAUCAUGUUAGUAGACAUGUUUGAAGUUUUUUGUAUAACUGUUGCCAUUACAAAUCCUGUCUGUAAAUCAUGCACGAGAUCCUUCACAGAAAACUUCUGGCCACAGAACAGCUUUUUUGUUUUGUUGUUUUUGUUUUGUUUUUCCUCCCAUUAGGACAGGGAUUGUAAUGGAAUCAACUUAAUGUAGUUCUUACAAAAAGGAGUGUCCACAAUGGAUGUACACCAUAAUCUACCUAAAAAACCUACCUCUUUUAGCUCAGAUUUUGCUUUAGCAUUAAGCAUUUGCCUCUGUUUUUACUUUUGUAAUAUUUGUAUUCAUGUUGGUAUUUAUUGCUGUCUAAUGAGUCAUACUUCAAUGAUUACCUCAGAGAUAUCUCACAGAUUUGGGAGAGUCCAGCUAAUGAAGUCAUUCAUUUUUUUUGUACAGUUUUUCUUCUCAGACUUAGCAUUGCCUUUUUUUUUAACGCACAAAAUACCAGGAGUGUUUUUAAUAUAGUGCCUGCACUCUGACCAACGGGGCUCAGACUGGCUAGGAUGAGGCUGCUUUUUCUCCGAAAGCGACAUCCUUUUGUCCUUUUUCACUCUGUCCUUGCGAUAUCUAGAUAGCUUUCAGCAACACGUGCAAUUAGUCUUUUUGCCGUGUUGCUGAUAUCGAUCUUUUGACGGAGGAGGAGAGCUCAGCGGAGUGAUUGCAGCUGAAAAGAAGGAACAAUAUGACAGACUUUGUGGCAGUAGGAGAAAAGAGAGGUGUGGGGUUUUUUUUUCGCUCCACUUGGUACUGUUAGCACAGUCUUUGCUCUGUAGUACACCAUCCUUACCUUGUCCAUCUUUGUCCCAUCAUUUCUUCCAUAUCCUCUCUGUGUCCUCACCUCUCCUUCUGUCCUAAAGUCUUGCUCAUACACCAUCAUUCCCCGGUGACGAACUGUCUAAAAAGGGGAAUUAGGAGAGGUGUGUCCUCAGUAUCCAUGUAAUGCUGCUUCUGUCUUGAGCACCACCAAGUUGUGUGUUAUUGACACUACACAAUGUGGGCAUCGUCCAAAGUGUUCACUCCCAGCGGUGCGACAGGCCUCAUUGGAAGAGUGUGUCUUUUAUAAAACUUAGUAGUGCUUAUUAAAAAAAAUAUUCCAUUCAGAUCCCAGUAUAUUAACGGAGCAACUACUCACUUUGGUGAAUUUUAAUCAAGUUUUGUUUUGUUUUGUUUUUUUUUCCUUUUCUUUUGUAUUCAUGUCAAACUGCUUCAGGUAAACACUGAAUGAAAUUAAGAGUUUUUAUUAAUCAGUGAAUACUGAGGAACAAUGUCGCCAUGGUCACAUCUUCCCUGAGCUGUGUGCCAUUUGACCCUUCUAAUGCAGGGAGGGUGUUAUGAAGCUGGCUUCACAUGUUCCCCAGACAAAUUUCAGCCAAAGGUUUGUCUGAUGGGGACAUUGGCUUAUUGCUUAGUACUCUGCCGGCCAUGUUUAUUGAUAUUUGAUAAGGAAAAUAUUUAAUUGGGAUUGAAUUCUUACCCUGCACUGUGAAUCUAAAUCUUGUCACAUUCAAGUAAAUGCCUGAACCAACGAAAGCACUUAUUGUAAUGUUUGUAACACAUGCAUAUUGAUGAAUCUAUUAGCCAUGAACUGCCUGUGUAGGUCAGCAUGAUAUGGCUCCAAUUAUUAAAAUGACAAAAAAAAAAAAAAAAAAAGUCACCUAAAUUCUAAUGUAAUUGCAAUCUUUUGUCUCAUUUUUUUUUUCAAAGAUCUUCUUUUUUUCUAUUAUAAAUUGGUGUUUAUGUAAUGUUAUUUUUGUCAAAUGUUUUGCAAAUCAAAAAUAAACGGUUGUACAUAG